CUGGCCAGGCUACUUCCGGCAGCGCGAUGGCUGGGUUCCCGGGACUCGAACGGAAGUUCCGGCGGGGGCGGCCGAGGGGGAAGAGAGUGUGUCUGUGCAGGAGAAAGAGGAGAAUCGCCCGAGAGGUCUCGAAACCCCCAGGGAGUGGAGGCCCCAGCCGUGGAGCCCUGCAGUGUAUGUGUGGUAACACCAUGUCUGUGCCCCUGCUCACCGAUGCUGCCACUGUGUCUGGAGCUGAGCGGGAAACGGCUGCGGUUAUUUUUUUACAUGGACUUGGAGACACAGGGCACAGCUGGGCUGACGCCCUCUCCGCCAUCCGGCUCCCUCACGUCAAGUACAUCUGUCCCCAUGCACCCCGGAUCCCUGUGACGCUCAACAUGAAGAUGGUGAUGCCCUCCUGGUUUGACCUAAUGGGGCUGAGUCCUGAUGCCCCAGAGGACGAGGCCGGCAUCAAGAAGGCAGCGGAGAACAUCAAGGCCUUGAUCGAACACGAGAUGAAGAACGGGAUCCCCGCCAAUCGAAUCGUCCUGGGAGGCUUUUCACAGGGCGGGGCCCUGUCCCUCUACACGGCCCUUACCUGUCCCCACCCCCUGGCUGGCAUCGUGGCAUUGAGCUGCUGGCUGCCUCUGCAUCGGGCCUUCCCCCAGGCAGCCAAUGGCAGUGCCAAGGACCUGGCCAUCUUGCAGUGCCACGGGGAGCUGGACCCCAUGGUUCCAGUACGGUUUGGGGCCCUGACGGCCGAGAAGCUUCGGUCCGUCGUCACACCCGCCAGGGUCCAGUUCAAGACGUACCCAGGUGUCAUGCACAGCUCCUGCCCUCAGGAGAUGGCAGCCGUGAAGGAGUUUCUUGAGAAGCUGCUGCCUCCUGUCUAACCAGAGUCGCUGGCCCCCAGCGCAGGACCCCAGCUCCUGGGGGACGCAGCACGCGCGGCGCCAUCUCGGAUCUGAGCCGGUCGAGCCCCCGUCCCCACCAUCCCUGACCCGUCCUCUUCCCAUAGGCCUCUGGGGCAGGCGGGCCCAGGCCUGGCCAGGCCUGCCUCCCUGGCCUCAGCCACCUGGCUGUCUGCAGCAGGGGUGGGCCACCCUCUUCUCCCAUUUCCCCGGAGGUGGGCCACCCCCCCCCCCCCCCCCCGGCAGCAGUAUUGGAGGGGCUGUAGGCAGCGGGAGAAAGGGGCCCGGCCGCUGACCCACUCACUCAGGACCUCACUCACUAGCCCCGCUUUGGGCCCCCUCCUGUGACCUCAGGGUUUGGCCCAUGGGGCCCUCCCGGGCCCCACCUACCACUCCACCCCCCCCACCCCCCCCACCCCCCCCCCAGUGACUCUGCCCAGAUAAUCGUGUCUCUCCUCCUUCUCUCCAGCUGCUUCUCAGUCAUGAAUGUGUCCAUGGCCCGGCCCCCGUGCUGCUGUGGGCUGCCUGCCCCUGGGCAGGGGUGUUGGUGAGGGGGCAGAGUCCUUCGAGGGGGGCCUUCCCUUAGGCCCCUGAAACGUGGGGGCUGGGCCCUGCCCCUCCCCGCCCCCCCCCCAUUGCCCUGUUCCCCCCCCCCGUAGGCCUGGAGCCUGCAGGGCUGGACUGAGGCUCAAAGUCUCCCCCCGCUGUCCCACUCCCACGUUGUCCCCACUCUAGGGCCAGGGGGGAGGUGGGGGAGUUGUGUCUCGUCUUCUGUCUCCAUGUGGUUUUGGGUGUUUUUCUUGUUGUAUCCUGGAUUCCGAUAAAAUUAAAUUGCUUCAACUCUCA